GACGUGGCAGCCGAGGGAUAAUCGGAGCGUUGUGAGCUGGAGAGAGCUGGGCGAGAGCUUGGCUGAACGCGGUCUGACCUUCCGCUCUUCGGACCGGCCCUCGCGCCCGUGAGGACCGGUGCCGCAGCCGAUUAGUAACACAGAGAGUGGGGUCUGUGGAGAAGGGUCGACUAUGGGACUUUGCAAGUGCCCCAAGAGGAAGGUGACCAACCUAUUUUGCUUCGAACACCGGGUCAACGUCUGCGAGCAUUGCCUGGUAGCCAAUCACGCCAAGUGCAUCGUCCAGUCCUACCUGCAGUGGCUCCAAGAUAGCGAUUACAACCCCAAUUGCCGCCUGUGUAACAUACCCCUGGCUGCUCGGGAGACAACCCGCCUCAUCUGUUAUGAUCUCUUCCACUGGGCCUGCCUCAAUGAGCGUGCUGCCCAGCUCCCCCGAAACACAGCACCUGCUGGCUACCAGUGCCCCAGCUGCAGUGGCCCCAUCUUCCCUCCAACCAACCUGGCUGGCCCUGUGGCCUCUGCGCUGAGAGAGAAGCUGGCCACGGUCAACUGGGCCCGGGCAGGACUGGGUCUUCCUCUGAUUGACGAGCUGGUGAGCCCAGAGCCUGAACCCCUCAACACAUCCGAGUUCUCUGACUGGUCCAGCUUUAAUGCCAGCGGUAGCCCCGAACAGGAAGAGACAGCCAGUGCUUCUGCUGCCCCAACCUUCUACAGCCAAGUCCCCCGGCCCCCUGCCUCCCCGAGCCGGCCUGAACAGCACACGGUGAUCCACAUGGGCAAUCCAGAGCCUCUGACUCACGCCUCAGCCCCGAGGAAGGUGUAUGACACACGGGAUGAUGAGCGGGCACCAGGCCUCCACCGGGAUUAUGAUGACGACAAGUACCGGCGCCGGCCAGCCCUGGGGUGGCUGGCCCAGCUGCUCAGGAGCCGGGCUGGGUCCCGGAAGCGGCCGCUGACCCUGCUGCAGCGGGCGGGGCUGCUGCUGCUGCUGGGGCUGCUGGGCUUCCUGGCCCUGCUGGCCCUCAUGUCUCGCCUGGGCCGGGCUGCGGCUGACAGCGACCCCAACCUGGACCCACUCAUGAACCCUCACAUCCGUGUGGGUCCCUCCUGAAUCCUUGCCUAUGGCUGGGCCAGCCUAGGACCUAGGAGCCUGAGGAGGGGCAUAGGGGAGGCCGUCUGGGGGGCCCUUCUCUGUUCCUCUCUCUUAAGCCUGAGACACUAAGAUCCCAGACCCAAAGUCAAGUCCACCAGAGUGGUUGCAGGCUAGGCCUGGGGUCCCUGCAGAUCAAGCAUUUGACCUGCUCCUCCUGGGUCUCCAGCUUCCCCCGCCUCCCCAUUCUUCCUGCCGACCAAAAGGAGCCAAAAGGUGGAAAUAAAUGAUAGAC